GCACCGGAUAAGGCGGGUGCAUAGUAGCGGAACCCGGAAAUUAGUAACCGAGCACCGCACCAUCAGACGACAGGAGCUGACGCAUUGCUUAAAACUUCAUUUCUGCUGGGAUAUAAAACCUAAACCUGGUUACCGUCAAAGGAAGAUCUACAUUUUAACAACCGGUGCAAAGAAUGGAAGGGUCAUUAACCGUUAUUUCCAAUCCCACUGUGAAUGUGCGCCUAACCACCGCCAUAUCCUCGUUUGAGGUCAAGCGAAGGUUUGAUAGAGGCUUGUGCAUCGCCGAGCUGAAGGGGAAACUGGAGAUGGUGGUGGGCGUGCCUUCCUCCUGCAUGGACCUGGAGUUGUUCAGCACCUCAGACGAUUACAUGCAAAAAAUGGACGACGACAACGCUUUGCUGGGCUCUUAUCCCGUGGAUGAUGACUGCAGAAUACACGUUAUUGAUCAAAGUGGUGGUCAACUGGGAGAGUUCACUGAUGUUUCCAAAGUGGAGAAGUUUGCUCUGUCAGACGACGCGUACGAAAAGAGAACAGAGACGGCAAGGUCCUUCAUGAAGAAGCAGGCACUCGGUCGCUACAACGAGGAAGAAAUGGCCAAGAAGAAAGCAGAGAGCAUCGCUCGGGAGGAAGAACAGAAGGCGGCUGCUGAAGCCAUUACUGUCGGCAGCCGAUGCCAAGUGCACGCCAGCGGGCAGCCCACCAAGCUUGGCACGGUCAUGUAUGUUGGCACAACGGAUUUUAAGCCCGGCUUUUGGGUCGGUGUGAAGUAUGAUGAGCCACUGGGGAAACACGACGGCAGUUGUGACGGGAAGCGCUACUUCGAAUGUGAGAACAAAUACGGAGCCUUCGUGAAGCCGCUGAACGUGACCGUCGGAGACUUUCCUGAAGAGGAUUACGGUUUGGAUGAAAUGUAGGACUGAGCGUGCGACGGUGGGGGAGAAAAAAAAAAACAUCAUCCGAACUUAUUUUUAUUGCUUCUUGUGCUUUUUCAAGAGAGAAUGUCAGUGGCGGUGUUUGAGUUAAAAGUGGUGUUCUUUUAACCCUGAAGUCCUUCAUUUCUUGGUCAUGCAGCAUAAUAUUUAAUGUACGCCUGUUCUGUAUCCUUGGGCAUGCAGGAUGUGAUCAUAUGUACAAUAUUAGAAUACUAAAAAGGCAGAGUUGUUGAUGCAAAUUUGAUCCUUCAUGUGCUUGGUGACGUCACAUUGUACUGUAUUGUCAUUUUUCACUCUGUGAUUUAUUACAGUGUCCCAGUCAUAAUGUACAAAAAGGAAGCUCUUCCUUUUCAAACGUUUGUGUGUAAAAUAUAGUUCAUGUCUUCAUGUAGAUAAAUGAUGCAUUUCCUCUUAUUUUUCUAUUAAUGAAGUCCUGUCAUUGAAAA